AUGUCUCCUUACGUUUUCACCAAAUUGUUAAGACCAGUUGUUUCACACUGGCGGUCACAAGGCAUUAGGAUUUCUGUCUAUUUGGACAACGGUAUCGGCACCGAUUCAAGUAAAGAUUCGUGUUCUCAGGAAGCGCAACUUGUGCGAGGCGAUCUUUAUCGCCUUGGCCUGCUAGUGAAUGAGGAGAAGAGCAAUUUUGAACCGUGCCAAAAAGGGGAGCACUUAGGCUUUAUUUUGGACCUUACCAAAGGAGAAUUUAGUAUCCCACCAGGCAAGAUUGAUCACCUGUUUAAUCUGAUUUCACUGCUUCUUGACGAUGUUUCACCCAUGGCUAGGGAUGUGUCUCAUAUUACGGGUACCCUUAUUUCCAUGGAGCUCGCUUUAGGUCCAAUUGUGCGUUUGCGCACCCGAGCCUUGUACGCAGUCCUUAAUAGCGUUCAUUGCCUUAGCUGCAAGGUGGCUUUAACGCGUGAAGCUGUAGAGGAACUUUAUUUUUGGAGAGAUAAUUUCUUUCGUUUGUGCGGCAAACCAAUCUGGAGGCCCUCCCCAAAGAUAGAGCUUUUGUCUUAUUCGGAUGCCAGCAAUGUGGGUUGGGCGGGAUUUAUUGUUCAAUUCGGUACGCACAUCGCUAUAGGGAACUGGUUGGGUUCCGAGGCCCUAUGCAGCUCUUCUUUCCACGAGAUUCAUGCAAUUAGAUUUGUUCUUCAGUUGUUUUCCGGUCUUUUGGCGGGUAAGGAGUGCAAGCAUAGAUCUGACAAUCAGAGCGUCUGCAGUAUUUUGUCCGUCGGCAGUAGUAAGCCUCAUUUGCAAAAAGAAGCCGUUGCCAUUUACAGUUUGUGCCAUGAAACCGGUAUUCGCUUUUCUGCGGAGUGGAUACCUCGCUACUUUAAUUUCAAAGCUGAUUAUUGGUCGAAAGUUGUUGACACCGAUGAUUGGAUGCUCAACCCUGUCCAUUUUCGCCAGUUGGAUAUUCUGUGGGGACCCCACACUGUAGAUCGUUUUGCGAGUCAUAAUUCUUUCCAGUUGCCCAGGUUUUGUUCUCGGUGGUGGUGUCCUGGGACCGAAACUGUUGAUGCUUUUACCGUCAGCUGGGGAGGGGAAAACAAUUCGCCGGUAACAAAACGAAAAAGGGCCUGGGACUGA